AUGUUUGCGGUGAUCAGUGCUACGAUUUUGGAACGAUAUGCUUUGGCAAAAGAAGCUGGAUUUAAAGCAGUUGAAACUGGAUUCCCCUUUGGACACACUUUAGAGCAGGUGAAAAUGGCAAAAGAAAGCUCAGGAGUUGAACAAAUAUUAAUAAAUCUCAAAACUGGUGAUGUAAACAAAGGUGAAUUGGGUGUAACUGCCCAGCCCGGCAAAGAGAAUGAAUUUAAGGAGAAUUUGCAAGUCACAAUAGAUUAUGCAAAAGCUGUAGGUGCUAAAAAAAUUCAUAUUAUGGCUGGAAAGUUAGAAAAAGUAACAUCAAGUAAUUGGGAGACAUAUGAGGACAAUUUGAAAUUUGCAGCUGAUGUAUUGAAACAGGUGAACCUGUUGGGUGUCAUAGAACCAAUUAAUCAACAUUCUGUACCUAAAUACUUUUUAAGUGACUAUGAAAGAGCUGUGGAUAUAAUAAAGCGAAUUGAUAGUGCACACGUAAAGCUGCAAUUGGAUAUAUUUCAUCUUCAACACAUCUGUGGAGAUUUGUCUUAUAACAUUAAAAAACUCAUGCCCUACGUAGGGCAUGUACAGAUCGCUCAAGUGCCAAACAGAAAUGAGCCAGACACCCCUGGUGAAAUAAACUACAAAUACAUUCUUGAACAAUUGGAAACUAAUGGAUACACUGAUUGGAUUGGCUUGGAGUACAAACCAGUGGGCAAUAGCAAAGAUGGAUUGAAAUGGAUUAAUAAUUUUGGCUACUCUUUAUAA